AACAAAAAAUUGUAGAAAAGAUAAAAUAAAUAAUUACGUUUUUUUAAGUGCUGGUUGACUCUUAUUCGAACUCUACGUCACCAAGGAACCUACUGAACUAUCUUAUUCCGAAUCCAACUUGUACAUUAUAGUCCGAAUACAAUCAAACGUACUCAUCAUCUAUCUUAUUCACACCCUAUAAAUAUAAAUCUUCAUAUAUUCUCCAUCUCAAUAAUUGUCAAAAAUAAACAGCAAUGAAUAUGAAGAUGGGUUUUGCAUUAUCGACUGUAAUUGUGCUUUUAUGUGUGAAUCUUGUUUUGAGUCAUAGACCACUUGGAGAUGAACAACCUUUAUCAAAAAUUAAUAUUUUGGGUACCACUCUUGCUUUACACCCACAUGCUUCCAUUGUAGCUUCUCCACUUGUACUCGGCUUGAAGGGCGAAGACACAGAGUGGAUAGACAUAAACCUUCAGUCUCCCAACCCAUCUUCAGAUGACUGGAUUGGACUUUUCUCUCCUGCAAAUUUCAACUCGUCAGACUGUCAUUCAGAAACUGAUGUAAAAGAUCAAGUUCCAUAUAUAUGCUCAGCACCAAUAAAGUACAUGUUUGCAAACACCAACAAUUCAGAUUACACAAAGAAUGGAAAAGCCACUCUGCGUUUCCUUCUGAUCAAUCAGCGUGCUGAUUUCUCAUUUGCAUUAUUUUCAGGCGGCUUGUCCAAUCCAAAGGUGGUGGCAGUUUCGAAUUCCAUAACAUUUGCAAACCCUAAAGCACCACUUUAUCCACGUCUUGCGCUGGGGAAGUCAUGGGACGAGAUGACAGUAACGUGGACAAGUGGCUACAAUAUAGACGAGGCUGUUGCUUUUGUCGAGUGGGGCCCUCGAGACGCAAUACCAAAACGAACACCAGCUGGAACAUUGACAUAUACUCGCAACACCUUGUGUGGUGCACCUGCAAGGACAGUUGGUUGGCGCCAUCCUGGUUUCACACAUACCAGUUUUCUGAAGGAUUUGUGGCCAGACAAACAGUACAUGUAUAGAAUGGGCCACCGCUUGUCUAAUGGUUCAUACAUUUGGAGCAAGAAGUAUUCAUUCGCAGCUCCUCCUUAUCAUGGACAGGACUCGUUGCAGCGUGUUAUAGUGUUUGGCGACAUGGGGAAGGCAGAACGUGAUGGAUCGAAUGAAUACAGUGACUAUCAGCCAGGAUCGCUUAACACUACAGACCAGCUCAUCAAAGAUAUUAAGAACUUUGAUAUUGUAUUUCAUAUAGGAGACCUAUCCUAUGCAAAUGGAUAUCUCUCGCAGUGGGACCAGUUCACAUCUCAGGUGGAGCCGAUUGCAUCAGCUGUGCCUUACAUGGUUGCAAGUGGUAAUCAUGAACGUGAUUGGCCGAAUACGGGAUCUUUCUAUGGGAAGACUGAUUCUGGUGGUGAAUGUGGUGUUCCAACGCAAACCAUGUUCUAUGUCCCUGUAGAAAAUAGGGAUAAGUUCUGGUAUAAGGCAGACUAUGGAAUGUUCCGCUUCUGCAUUGGAGACACUGAGCAUGACUGGAGGGAAGGCACUGAGCAAUACAAGUUCAUCGAGAACUGCUUUGCAACGGCAGAUAGACAGAAGCAACCUUGGCUAAUCUUUGCUGCUCAUCGUGUCCUUGGUUAUUCAUCUGACAAAUGGUAUGGACAAGAGGGCUCAUUUGAAGAGCCAAUGGGCAGAGAAAGCCUUCAAAAGCUUUGGCAGAGGUACAAAGUUGAUAUUGCAUUCUAUGGACAUGUACACAACUACGAAAGGUCAUGCCCUGUAUACCAGAACCAAUGCGUAAGCUCCGAAAAGUCUCAUUACUCGGGCGUUGUGAAUGGUACGAUCCAUGUCGUUGCAGGUGGUGGAGGAAGUCACUUGUCAGAAUUCAGUCAAGUGAAUACAACUUGGAGUUUGUACAAAGAUCAUGAUUUUGGGUUUGUGAAACUCACUGCAUUUAACCAUUCAUCUCUGCUUUUUGAGUACAAGAAGAGUAGAGAUGGUAAUGUCUAUGAUUCCUUCACAGUAUCUAGAAAUUACAGAGAUGUCUUGGCAUGUGUUCCUGAUGGCUGUGAACCAACCACUUUGGCAUCUUAAGUUUUUGAGAAUACUCAAGUACAAGUAAUGGAAAUUAAUAAAAGGCAGAAUUAGAUUGUGAAGUAGAUUAAGUGCAGAAUUUUAAUUUUGAUUGACAGUGUGUUUCUAGCUUGCAAAGAAUUAUUUUUGUACAGAUAGAAUAUUGAUAUCUA